GCCAGUAUGCCCAACACAUGUAAAAUUGUUGCUGCUGCUGCAUACGCCCAGCACUGAGGCUGUCGUUACAAAUAAAACAGUCUCGUACUUCAUGGUUUCUGACUCUGAGUAGAUCCGGUACAGCUGUACCGAGUGCGUGUCCAAGACUCGAUACGACGAUAGAUCGCACGGCAGGUGGAAAGUCUCGCCUACGAGUACGAGCGCUUUUCGCACAAGUGUAGAAACUGAUUUGAAGUCAGGGCGUCGAAGAUGGUGAAGAAGAUCGUGUAGUCAGGACGUCGACGGUCCGAAAAAACCUCAGCUGGCCAGCGUAGAGUCUACCCGCCACAGUGUCACCUUGUCACCGUGUAGACAUGAUAGACUUCUGUCAGUUCUAAUGUCCUGCUGAACAGACAGUUCGGUUUGUUUCGUUUUUGGUUCACCUGUGCGUUAUUGUACUUACAAGGGGCGAGAUGAGGAAUGUUGCAGCGCACAAGCUCUCGCACUGCGCAAACCAGAGGCGAGCUGCUCGCUAUGUUGUGGAGAAAGCUUCCUCCAUUCACCAGCGGUGCCUUGGACUGCUAUCUGGACUGGCGCACUGGGCCAAUUGGGUGAAGUUACCGGAGCAUGGGGACGCGAGUACUGUUGAUCCCUACUUCCAUGUGCCGUUCAUCACGCUGGGCUAUCGACACGUAUCUUGCGUUUCUGAGUGCAUUCUGAGCAGCUUGACGCUGUCCAACGAGGUGGUGAAUAUCUGGAGCCAUGCGUUUCUGGCGCUGUAUGCAAUGUCGAAUAUCUACAGAUUUCUUUGCGAGAUUACUACCAGUACGGACUAUAGUGACUCAACUGGGUCCAUACGUCAUGGUGACAAUGUGGUACAAGUAGUGGGGGGAUUGCAAGCCUACUUACCCCUGCUAGUCCAUCAGGUUGGGUCGAUGACCUCGGCCGCAGCCAGUGCUAUUGCUCACCUGCUACACAGCCAGUCGGAGUGGCAUCACCAGAUGUGGUUCUUGGUGGAUUACGCCGCCAUUGGGUUCUACAAUCUCGGCCUGGCCAUCGCGCAGUACUCGCUGAGCCGACCGCUGAGUUCCGGCACCCUGGCGAACGUCAUCUGGUCGGCUGACACGUACAUCGUGAUGGCCAUGUGCUGCCAUCUCGGCGUGUUUGUUCUGCAAUGCAGCAUGCAGUUUCUCUUCCAUUCCUCGCCGUUCCGCCCCAUACUGUUGGUAUCCAGCUACGGUGCAGCAUCCAUCCUCAAUUUCCUACCGUUCCUCAACCGUGUGGUGGCCGGGGAGAGCUAUGCAUCCGAUGCCUUGCACUGGGCGGAAAUAAUAUCGAUUUCAGUUGGCGCAGUGAUCAUGGCUGCACAGCUCCCAGAGCGAAUGUGGCCCGAUCAUUUCUACCAUUUGAACAGCCACUCAAUCAUGCACAUCACCGCCGCUAUCAGUUACUACUGCCAGACGCAGGCCUUUCACAUGGACCUUGCUCGCUGGGAGAUGUUUCCCGAGUCGCUCAGACCACGCACAGAUCUUCUUGUCGGAGUACUGCUUAUUUACCUGCUUAGUAGCAGUAGCAUCCUGUACUAUGUUCUUGCAAGGUAUGGCUCCUCUGAAUCCAAGGCACAGCCUUACACUCAUGCUGACAAUAAAGCCUGACGCGUCGGCUGCAUCAUAUCACAACACCUUGUAACAUCCCUACCACUAGUCUCAGGCAUGUUGACUGACAAUACCUUUUUGAAGAAUUGUUAAUGCCAAUACAGUCGGCGUGGAGACAAUGGAUCACAAUACCUGUAUAAAGGAGAAGAACAAAAUGUUGCGGGUUAUGACUAACUCUCCACCAACGUAACCAGGUUAUGUACAGUCAGGCAAAGCGACAAAAUGGCACAACACUGACAAGGAGUACUGAGAUGUCUGGUUACGUUGGUGCACAGUUAGUCAUAACCCGUAACAUUAAUUUUUGUUCUUCUCCUUUUUACCAUAAUUACUAUAAUAAUUGAAUUGGCUCACCAACCGAUGAUAAAAAUAAAGUGUUAACACACCAUAGCUUAGUGGUGGAGCAUCGCUGGCCAUACGCAAGGGUCCUGGUUCGAGUCUUGGUGGUGGUAGUACAUCUUUUCUUCAGCCUUUUUCCCGUUCUCAACUCCCUUCAACAGUUAUGAAUCUGUAAAAAAUGGAGUGGAGAAAAUAAUUAUAAUUAUAAUUUUACAAACACAUACGAUCACACCAGUUGAGACAUGCACUUCACGCUGACCCAUCAUCACCUGACUUGAGAUCUUGCAAGUUUUUUUUGAGACAUUUGUUUUUUAGGCUAUUACCUGGCGUGCGAUAUUGUGGGUAGGUUCUGUUUUUGUUUCUGAAUAUGUGACAUUAUCUUCAAUGUUAGUCUCAAUUAUUAGCACUAGUUAUGAUGU